UGUGCUUAUUAUGCGCAGUCACAAAACAGAAAAUCGGUUACAAUACGCAAUUAUGCAUGUGCAGCUGUGUAAGUGUGCAAGCGUGUGUGCGUGUGAAUGUGUGUUUCCUGUGUUGUAGUGAAAAAGAAGGCUGCGCAGUCGGCAGUACCAUUGACAGCAGAGACAAAGCAACGAACGCAGUAAAAGUUCUUUGUCUGCAGGAAACGAAACAGCAGCAGCAGCAGUAGCGGCAGCAAGCUGCACUCUUCCCAUCCAUCCGUUAAACAGCUGCAAAUUUGCAAUAGUUGGAGUUACGCACACAUCAAUAUUUGUAUCUGUGUGUGUGUGUGUGUGUGUGUGCAUAAGUGUGUGUUCGUGUGCGAGAAAUGCAAGUGCAACGAAACAAAGCAACAGAUUACCACAAGCCAUAACAACAACAAAGCCCAAACAGUCAGUAAAAUCGAGCGCUUUAAUGCAGACGUGCUUGCGCCCGAAGAGAGAACGAAAGAACGGAACAAAGCUUGAGCAACAAAACCUAUAAUUAACAUGUACUGCCAAUGAACAAUUCCUUUAUUUUUUUUUCGAGUGCAAGUGAAAAGUUUUAAAAAUGUCUUCGGUGAAUGUCAAUCAGAAUCAGCAAAAAGAGAGCCCUAGUCGCGACUCUACAGCUUCGACUUCGGGCCACAUCUCCAUGCUGGCAGAGAAUACGUUGGAGUCGCUGUCACGAGAUUAUUCCCUGGUCAGCUUAAACUCGGCUGGCAGUCAGGAUGAAUUCUUUCGCUGUCGUGAUCAUGCCGACAGCGUACUCAAACGCAUGCAACUCUAUGUGGACAGUCAGCAGCUGUGUGAUGUGGUGCUCAUUGCAGCCAUCGAUGGUAAACGUGUGCCCGCACAUCGCUUGGUGCUAUCCGCAUCGAGUGCUUACUUCUCAGCUAUGUUCACUGGAUCGCUGCGCGAAACGAAAGAACAUGAAGUGACGCUGGGCGAUGUGAAUGGUGAUGCACUACAGCUGCUGGUGCAAUAUUGUUAUACUGGCUUCAUAGAGCUGCGCGAGGAUACGGUGGAGACGCUGCUGGCCACCGCCUGUUUGUUGCAAUUGAAUUCUGUGGUCACGGCUUGUUGCAAUUUUCUCGCACGCCAACUGCAUCCAUCAAACUGCCUGGGAUUUGCGUUCUUUGCAGAGCAACAGAGCUGCACGACAUUGUUACGGCUGGCGCAAGCAUACACGUGUCAGUAUUUUAUGCAGGUGUGCCAGAACCAGGAGUUCUUUCAACUGAAUUCUGAUCAGCUGAGCAAGUUGCUGAGCAGCGAUGAUCUCAAUGUGCCAUCCGAACAAGAUGUCUUUCACAGUCUAAUGACCUGGGUGCGUCAUGAUGCUCCCGCACGGGAGCAGCAUAUACCUGAGCUGCUAGCGCUGGUGCGCUUGCCCUUGCUGCAGCCUGCCUUCAUUAUGGAUCAUGUGGAGACUGUAUCCAGUGCUGCCGAGUGCCAACAGCUUGUGAUGGAGGCCUUCAAGUGGCAUCUUAUGCCAGAGCGGCGGUCACGCAUUGCCACUGAACGCACCACGCCACGCAAAUCGACAGUUGGGCGACUGCUCGCUGUGGGCGGCAUGGAUGCACACAAGGGCGCCAUCUGCAUUGAAAUCUAUUGUCCGCGCUUGGACAAAUGGACGCCCUGGAAGCAUAUGACUGGAAGGCGUCUACAAUUCGGCGCCGCUGUGAUGGAGGACAAGCUUAUCCUUGUAGGCGGACGCGAUGGACUUAAGACGCUUAACACUGUAGAAAGCUUGGACUUGAAUACUAUGGCCUGGGCGCCACUUAAUCCUAUGGCUACGCCACGUCAUGGCCUGGGCGUUGCUGUACUUGAGGGACCGCUCUACGCUGUGGGCGGUCAUGAUGGAUGGAGCUAUCUCAACACGGUGGAGCGUUGGGAUCCAGUUGCGCGUACCUGGAGCUAUGUGGCACCCAUGUCUUCCAUGCGUUCCACUGCUGGCGUUGCUGUCCUGAGUGGUCGCCUGUACGCUGUGGGCGGGCGUGAUGGUUCUGUUUGUCAUCGCUCUAUCGAGUGCUACGACCCUCAUACCAACAAAUGGACACUGCUGGCGCCAAUGAAUCGUAGACGUGGUGGCGUGGGCGUCACUGUGGCAAAUGGUUUUCUUUAUGCCUUGGGUGGACAUGAUUGUCCAGCCAGCAAUCCGAUGGUUUGUCGCACUGAAACUGUAGAACGCUACGAUCCAGCUACAGAUACCUGGACUAUGAUUUGUUCCCUUGCCUUGGGCCGCGAUGCUAUUGGAUGUGCACUGUUGGGCGAUCGUCUGAUUGUUGUGGGCGGCUAUGAUGGCAAUCAUGCUCUGAAGAAUGUGGAGGAAUAUGAUCCGGUGCGCAAUGGUUGGAAUGAGCUGGCGCCAAUGUCAUUGCCACGUGCUGGCGCCUGUGUUGUUGCCAUACCGAAUGUUAUACCGCCAGCGGCCCCACAGCCGCCGGCCAACGCUACAAAAAAGAAGAAGUGGAAGCCAGUUAGAUUGGAUCCAAUCUGCUAUAGGCGUCGUAGAUCCGUCGAAUUUGUCGACUACUUUGCUAUGUAAUUUGCAAAAUUUCGAAAAACAAACUAUUAAAUUUAAGCAUAAACAAAUCAAAACCAAGUGUAACUUUGAA